AGUGGUGAGGUAAUGAGACACAAGCUUAGUUAUAUAGGCAAGUGCUGGAAGCUAAGUUAUAUAGGCAAGUGCUGAAUUCGUCUGGUUGGACAUACUUUCACUUGAAGACUCCAUGAUUCUAUAGGAUUACUUUUGUUUUUUUACUACAAAUAUUUGAGGAAUGUGUCAAAUAACCAAAUUUAUGUUGUUGUUAUGUAUUCUGUGUCAUGUCAUACAGGCCAUGCAAAGUGUAGCGUACAUUAAAGUCAAACUUCUGACCUAUAGAAACAGCAGAGGUCUCUUGUCAAAUGGUCAAUGCUGUGAGUCAAAUUGUCAAAGCAUGUGCAGUCAUAGGUUUAUUAUCUGUGUAGGCCCGAUUGGAAGUAACUGGGUCAACGGCUGUCUCUAUGGAUACGGAAUUACUGGUGUGAUAGAAAAUAAAAAUUAUAUUACAUUUGAAGAUUCAGUCAAAGCGGAGGAUCGAAAGUUUUCCUUUGGAAUGAGAUCUUGGCCAGGUGGAGUGUUUCUCAAAAUCAAUGUUACAAACCAGGGUCAUAAUGGCGCUAAGCAGCAAGUGGAUUAUUUCGGUAAAAAUUUUUACCUCGGCCCGGACGAGACUAAACAGGUCAUUUUGGGAACAAAGACAGUACUUACUCUAGAGAUUCAAGUCACGUGUCAGGUUCAUUUUUACAGUCAUAACUGCUCAGUCUUCUGCGAGCCUCAGGACUCGGACAGCAAAGGCCAUUACAUUUGUGAUAAACGCGAUGGCAGCAAGAUAUGUAGGACAGACUGGAAAGGCCCAAACUGUAGCGUCAACGUAGACGACUGCGCCAAAGUCAGGUGUCGCAAUGGCGGCACUUGCCAGGACAGGAAGCGGGACUUCUUUUGCAAUUGUCAGUCGGGUUUCACUGGUCGUCUUUGCGAGGCGGACAUCAAUGAAUGCUUAAACCAGUCUUUGUGUCAAAACGGUAAAUGUGUCAAUAACUACGGGUCAUUCAUCUGCACUUGUUAUGAUGGUUUCACUGGUCGUAGAUGUGAGUCCAAUAUUAACGACUGUGCCAGCAGCCCUUGCCAGAAUGCUGGUUACUGCAUAGAUUUGGUGUCAGCAUACACCUGUAGAUGUGCCACGGGAUUUACAGGACGUCACUGUGAACAAGACCUGAAUGAAUGCAGUUUCAGAAAUACAUGCAAGAAUGGAGGGACCUGCUUAAAUCUCAUCGGUUCUUAUGGGUGCAACUGCCCCAGCAGCUUCCAAGGCUACGACUGCUCUCAAGACGUGGACGAAUGUCAGCAGACGUCUCGUUGCAAGAACGGCGGCUGGUGCAGCAACUCGAUGGGCAGCUACUCAUGUCAUUGCCCUAAAGGAUUCAAUGGUCAAGAUUGUGAACAAGACAUUGAUGAAUGUCUACUUAUGGACAAAUUAUGCGAAAACAACGCCACCUGUUUAAAUACAAUUGGAAGCUUUUCCUGCUCGUGUUCAGUUGGCUACUACGGACGUCUAUGUAGCAUUGACAUAAAUGAAUGCGUACGAAACCCCUGCAGCAACGGAGCUUUGUGUGAAAAUAUGCCAGGGCACUAUAAAUGCCUCUGUCCACAAGGGCGAACAGGUGAACUCUGUCAGUUCGACAUAGACGAAUGUACGCCUGGUAUCUGUCUCAAUGGAGGAAACUGCUUCAAUGUUCCUGGUUCCUACUAUUGCGAAUGUCCCGGGAACUGGGAAGGGAAAAACUGCGAGAUGAACGUGAAUGAAUGCAAAUCUCAUUCCAAACUAUGUGAAAACAACGGCACCUGUCAAGACGUCGUCGAAGGCUACAGAUGCAUCUGCCUAGAGGGUUUUUUCGGUACUCUGUGUGAGCAGGACCGGGACGAGUGUGCACUGGGACUGUGCUUGAACAACGUGUCCUGCGCGAACACUUUUGGAAGCUUCCACUGCAGCUGUGCUCCUGGCUGGACCGGCUCGCGUUGUGAUGAAGAUAUGAACGAAUGCUUAGAGCCAGUGUGUAACAACGAGGGCGUGUGCGUCAAUUCAAACGGAAGCUACCACUGUCGGUGUCCUGCAAACUGGAUGGGUCAGCGGUGCGAGAUGGACAUCGACGAGUGUUCCAUGUACCAAAACUUGUGCCAGAACGGUGGGACUUGCGUCAACCUUCAAGGAUCAUACCAUUGCAAAUGUCCGCCGGAAUGGUCCGGUCCGAUGUGCGACGUGGACAAAGUCGAGUGUGCCAAGAACAAGGAUGCUUGCGAGCCGAUAGGUAAUUCAUUUUCUAACGUUAGCAUCUCUUCAAAAAGGGAAAUAGCUUGCCGUAAUUUUCAGACAGGUAAUUGGUGUCAAUGUUUUGCGGGAUGGACUAGUUUCAACUGUAAUCAAGAUUUUAAUGAGUGCAUUGAAGGACUCGCAAAGAAUUCUGCAGACGGAGAUGCGGCUUUAAUAUCUCUAAGGGAGAUGAUUGAUAAGGCUGACCUUAACCCAAGCGAAUCUUCUCAAGGGAGCAUAGAUAGCUAUCACAGCAGACGAUUUGUUUCCAAGACGACGCCUGAGGUGAAGCCGUUCUCUCCUACUUGCUUAGAAGGUGCUUCCUGCGUAAAUAUCCGUGGAAAUUACAGCUGCGUGUGCCCAGUAAAUUUCACAGGGAAAAUGUGCGAAAUACUAGUGUGUAACGUCACAUCAGAAAGUUGCAGUCACCAUAGCAACUGUCCGUCACACGACAAAACCAAUUCUUGUGUUUGUUUUACCGUAAUAAAAAACGAAAUCAGUCAAUGGAAUUUGAUCUGUCAUAGCAAACCUUGUCUGAACAAAGGAGCAUGCGAAGAAGGUAGGCCUUCUAAAAAUAUGGUUGCCUGCAAUUGUACUAUAGACUGGAGUACCACACUCUGGCGAACCUGUGUCGCAAAGGUUUGCAAGAGAAUGUGCGCAAACGUCAGUGGAUGCUUGUUUGAAAGCAAUACAAUUGGCCAAGCAUCCAAUCCUUCUUUUGAAACAAAUAGCAGUGUAGAUGGUGUAGUGACACUUGGUCCAAGCCAUAAGAAUUCUUCAGGGAGCCUAAAAGAAAGCGCCACAGAGUUGUGCUCUAGUGAAUACUGCUUAAGCGACAACGUCUGUUUUCAUUCUAUAGACGACACAACUCCCAGACUGUGUCGCUGUCCGAUCGGCGUGUCUGAUGGAAGGUGUGUCAGCUUUUCCUCUGUUGAUCAAGUCACUGCCUCGACUUUGUCAGGUGUCAUUUGCCCAACAGUAAUAUGUCACAACAACGGCUCGUGCAGGAGAGAGAGGGGAGCAUGGUCGUGUCUCUGCAGCAACAACUGGUCGGGGAAAUAUUGUGAGGCUGACAAGUCACCGUGUCGCUUUGAAACUUGUCACACCCAUGGGAACUGCUCCACAGACACCAACAUGACGGCUUCCGUUUGUUUGUGUGACCCAGGUUGGACAGGAAGAUUCUGUGACUCUCGCCUGGACCGCUGUGCAAGGAGACCGUGCCAGAACAAGGGACUCUGCUCUGUUUCAGAGGAUGGCUACACUUGCAAGUGUCAAGGCAUGUGGUCAGGGGCGGACUGUACUCUUAUUGAGCUGUCCAUUCCCUUCUACCUGCACUGUAACGUCAGCCAGGCCGGCGUUUGGAAAGUGAACAAAGGUCUAGAAGCACUGCUCAAAGCCACGCGCCUAUACGACAAGAAGAGGUUGGAUGUUAGUCACAGGCUCCAGAGAGGCAAAGCCCUGGACGGAUCAUCAGUGACUGCUAUCUAUCCUGUGGUUAAAAAUGAUGGCGAGCUGCUGAAUCAACAAGAACUUGUCUACGCCCUUAAUAAAGUGACUUCAAAGUUUCAACAUCAUAUGUACUGUCCACUCUAUCUGGACGCCGUGGACAAUACUGACUUUGUAGAAAUUUUGACGGCUGACAAACAAAACUGGAUACCUGGACUUCUAACUGUGUGUGGAUUUCUGUUACUUGGAAUUAUUGGUCUUUCAAUCGUCAAAUGUAGAAGAAUGUAUACUAGCCAUCGAGAUAAAUGCCGUCUGCAAAAGUCCAGAGUGACCAUGUCCUUCAGGAACCAGUUGUACCUGGAGACUUCUAGAGGACACUUACAAGAGAUGGUGGAGAAUCAAAUCAAUAUCAUCUCCACAGGAACUGUUCCACACUAUGCGACUGUAGAUGAGAUGCGAGAAAGUCAAACGGAGUCAAACUCUAUGACAAAAUUUGAUGCCGAGUGGAAAUCUGAAGUUGGGCCACCUGAGUUGAAUGCAGUCACUGUUCCCAGGGGGAGACCAUCCGGGCUUGAAUCAGACACUGCGAGACAUGAGAGUGUCUUUUAUAUGACGCAUCCUAAGAACAUGUCGUUGGCUACAUCAAAACAGAGGAAACCAGCGGGUGGACAGAGUUCUAUGCUUGCAGGUAAACAGGACUCUCUGGCUACAGGUAAACAGGACCCCCUGCCUGCAUUACCACCUUGUACUUACUACAACGACGGCCUGUACAGCAGCCCCGCAUGUCAUCUCGGAAAGACGAAGACGAGUAGAGUCAGAGCCCAGGCAACAUCGCAACCUUGUGACGGAGCCCAAGGGCCGUUGAAUCCUGAGGAACUCUACGUAGACGUGGUGCGCCGGAGAAAGCUCGGCCACCCUCGCAAGAGGACUCGCAGUCUGGACGAUAAAAGUCUGUACAAGAAACAUAACCCACGCGGGCGCAAGAGGUUCUCGGAUGUGGACCGGAAGUAUAAGCACCUGCCGUACAUUGAUGAUCCGCCUUUUCACGAGACCUUACUGCUUCCACAAAUCCCUGGUACUCUACUGCACCCACAAACUCCUGGCACUCCACUGCAUCCACAAGCUUCUGGCACUCUACUGCAUCCACAAACCCCUGACACUCUACUGCACCCACAAACUCCUGGCACUUUACUGCACCCACAAACUCCUGACACUCUACUGCAUCCACAAACCCCUGACACUCUACUGCAUCCACAAACUCCUGACACUUUACUGCACCCACAAACCCCUGACACUCUACUGCACCCACAAACUCCUGGCACUCUACUGCACCCACAAACCCCUGACACUCUACUGCAGCCAAUCAAUGUGCCUUCUACGUAAUAUAACCCUAAUCUAUUUAACGUUCACUUCUGUAUAUACUAACGUUCGUUAAAGUUUGUCUUCUUUGAUUUGUCUGUGAACCUGUUCAAGUCUGUCAACAGAUAGUCGAAUAGCAGCAACACUAUUGGAUGUCGAUUAGCACGCUCGAGCUCUAAUCACACGAGAAGUAAGAACGAAAUGAGUUGAUUUUCUUAAUAGAAAACCAAAGACCAUCAACAGGAAGGCUCCAUUGAGUUACUGAAAGUCACACAUUAAUGCUACAGAUUAUGUAUAUAUAUAUAUAUAUAUAUAUGUAUAACGUAGAAGCUGGCUUGAAUCUAAGGAAAAUUAAUUAUCUGUAUCGUUUACAAUUAUAUCAUCUCGACUUCCCUCAUGGUUACAGUGGACUAUUUUUUACAUUUCCGUUUUAAUUUUAAUUUUUUUUAAACUUUCUUUUAUGCAUGAACAUGCUCACUUAACACACGUAUGGUAUCUUUAUUAUUUCUUAGAUAAAUCCACUGUGUUAGAGUCUCCAACAUACGCAGUAGUAAUCUCGAUUCAUUUUUUUUUUAUCUGGUGAAGAUUUGUACGACAUUACUGAAAACAGGUGCACUCUUGGAAUCCUUCAUCCCAUUGUUACGUGGUGCUCUGUAUUGUGUAUGAAAUGUGAAUGUAAUCAUUAUUAGUGAAUAAGAAACAAAAUGUGUAUAGCAUAACAUCAGUAGCAUACAAUUCACUUUUGUCGUAAGAGUGAGAAAUAGGAUGAUGUGAGGUAAAGGGAAGUAAUCAUAGAAAUGAUGUCACACAUAUUAUUCUCUAUAUGUUUGCUGUACUGUAGCUGCUCAUUAUUUCGGUUUAAAUAUAUCAUUGAAGGGCUAUGGUGUUCCAAUUCAUUGAAUGUUGCUUACUCGAUUUGUACAUGUCAUUGUCAAUAUUCAUAGAAUAAAUAAUUAUUAAAUCAA